AUCCUUCCCUUAGUUAUGCUAAUCUUAUUAACACAUGUAAUCAACCCACUAGCCUACAUCGUCCCCGUCCUACUAGCAGUAGCUUUCCUAACUCUCAUCGAACGAAAAGUCCUAGGAUAUAUACAACUACGAAAAGGUCCAAACAUUGUAGGACCCUAUGGACUUCUACAGCCUAUCGCAGAUGGAGUUAAACUAUUCAUUAAAGAACCAAUCCGCCCUUCCACCUCUUCCCCCUUUUUAUUUUUAGCCACACCAAUAUUGGCUUUAACCCUUGCUCUUACCCUUUGAGCACCAAUGCCAAUCCCUUAUCCAGUAAUUGACCUAAACCUAGGCAUCCUAUUUAUCCUCGCCAUCUCCAGCCUUGCUGUUUACUCUAUUCUAGGCUCAGGAUGAGCAUCCAAUUCCAAAUACGCACUAAUUGGAGCCCUACGGGCCGUAGCCCAAACCAUCUCAUAUGAAGUAAGCCUAGGCCUAAUCCUACUAUCAAUCAUCGUACUCACAGGAGGCUUCACACUACAAAUAUUCAACACCACCCAAGAAGCCACCUGACUUCUACUACCAGCCUGGCCACUAGCCGCUAUAUGAUACAUCUCCACCCUAGCAGAGACUAACCGAGCCCCUUUUGACCUCACAGAAGGAGAGUCAGAACUAGUUUCAGGCUUUAAUGUAGAAUAUGCUGGAGGGCCUUUCGCACUGUUUUUCCUAGCCGAAUAUGCCAACAUCCUACUAAUAAACACUCUUUCAGCCAUCUUAUUCUUAGGGGCAUCCCACAUCCCAACAAUACCAGAACUGACUUCUACUAACAUUAUAACAAAAGCUGCCCUUCUAUCCAUAUUAUUCCUGUGAGUCCGGGCCUCUUAUCCGCGAUUCCGAUAUGACCAGCUUAUACAUCUCGUAUGAAAAAAUUUCCUGCCCCUCACACUGGCGCUAAUUCUACUACAUGUUGCCCUACCAAUCGCAUUCGCAGGACUCCCCCCUCAACUAUAGCACUAUAAGGAGCUGUGCCUGAAUGCCAAAGGACCACUUUGAUAGAGUGACUUAUGGAGGCUAAAAUCCUCCCGGCUCCUUAGAAAGAAAGGACUCGAACCCAUAUUCUGGAGAUCAAAACUCCAAGUGUUUCCACUACACCACUUUCUAGUAAGAUCAGCUAAAUUAAGCUUUUGGGCCCAUACCCCAAAAAUGUAGGUUAAACUCCUUCUCUUACUAAUGAACCCUUACAUUCUAGCAAUCUUCCUUUCAAGUUUAGGCCUUGGCACAACCCUCACCUUUGCCAGCUCCCACUGACUGCUAGCCUGAAUAGGACUUGAAAUCAAUACCCUAGCCAUCCUUCCCCUCAUAGCCCAACAACAUCACCCCCGAGCAGUAGAAGCCACAACCAAAUAUUUCCUUGCCCAAGCAACCGCAGCAGCAACCAUUCUAUUUGCAAGCACCACAAAUGCCUGAAUUAUAGGAGAAUGAAAUAUUAACCAUCUCUCUCACCCUAUCGCAGUUACAAUUGUUACAAUAGCCCUAGCACUAAAAGUAGGCCUGGCCCCUAUACACUUCUGAAUACCAGCAGUAUUACAAGGACUAGACCUUACGACAGGACUAAUCAUAGCCACCUGACAAAAACUAGCACCAUUCGCACUACUAAUCCAAAUUGCCCCAUUUUCACCCCCAGCUUUACUAACUACCCUAGGCCUAUUAUCAACCCUUGUAGGAGGAUGAGGGGGACUAAACCAAACCCAACUACGAAAAAUUUUAGCUUACUCAUCAAUUGCACACCUAGGAUGAAUAAUUGUUAUCCUACAAUUUAUACCCCAACUCACCCUACUAACACUAGGCAUUUACAUUGCCAUAACAAGCGCAACCUUCCUGACAUUCAAAUUUAUAUCAACAACAAAAAUCAAUACAUUAGCAUUAGCCUGAACCAAAACGCCAACCAUCACAACAACAGCAGCCCUAAUUCUCCUAUCACUAGGGGGUCUCCCCCCUAUGACCGGAUUCAUACCAAAAUGAUUGAUCCUACAAGAAAUGACAAAACAAGGCCUCCCCCUAACCGCAACCAUCCUUGCCCUUAGCGCCCUCCUAAGCCUAUAUUUUUACCUGCGCCUCUGCUAUGCAAUAACCUUAACAAUUUCACCUAAUACAAACAAUGCCACAACCCCCUGACGCUUGCCAAACACCCAAACAAGCCUUCCCCUAGCUAUUCUCACAACUGCAGCCCUCACAUUACUUCCCCUCACCCCAGCAACCCAGGCACUAAUCCACUA